AUGUGUGUGUUUAAUACGAUCAGCUGAUUGCAUAUGACAUGGUUAUAUUUCUGAGUACUGCUCAGAUAUUGUGAUAGAUUAAUUUGAUUAUUGCUUGCAUAGUUUAUUAGAGACAUAAAAUGAUGAUUUUUAAUAUAUGUGAAUUAAAAUGUAUAAAUAAUCACUUAUUAUUAUAGACUUAUUAAAUAAUAAGUUUUAUUUACAUACAAUUUCAUAAAAAAUUAUAAUUAUUAGCAAAAUGACAGACGAACGAAAUUUUCGAUCUUCGUAUUACGAAAAAGUAGGAUUUCGCAGUGUCGAAGAAAAAAAAUCAUUAGAGAUAUUGUUGAAAGAACAUCCAUUUGAUAAAAUGAAAUUAAAACAGUUUUGUUUGAGAUUUACUGUCCCUGCUAUGUAUAGAAAUUUAAUAUGGAAAAUAUUAUUAGACGUUAUACCUGUUUAUAUAGAAAGUCAUGAAUUUAUAAUGAAACAACGUAAAGCGGAAUAUGAAGAUUUACAAAAAGCUCUUAAAGUAACAAGAAUUUUGGAAGACAAUACAAAACCACAUUUAAUACUUCUGACAAUGUGGCUUCUACGAACUAGACAAACAAAGAUAGACAUGAGUACUCAAUUGGAAACAUCUUUAUAUAGGGCGAUGAGUAGGAUAGCUGAGGCGCUCUGGCAUAUCAUAGAUAUUGAUUCUGGACAAGACAGAUUGGUAGAUGUAUAUUGGAUAUUAUGUGGACUUUUAAAUCAGGUACAAAAAUUUCAUGCAGAAGUUGGUAGAUUACAAGAAUGUACAUGUACAUUGCUAGAAAGAGAAGAUCCAGAAUUAUCUAAACAUUUGAUAAGAAUUGAAGCUCUUCCUAAUCUUCCAUUUGAUAUGUGGUUUUGCUCAUGCUUUGCAGGCACAAUAUGUAAUGGAUCUAUACCCAAGAUAUGGGACAAAAUAACUGUAGGAGCAUAUAAAAUUUUGGUCUUUGUGGCUGUGUUUAUGCUAACCACUCUUAGACGUGUUUUAUUACGCUCUGAUAAUGUAGAUAGCGUAUUAAACACAAUCAAUAAUAUACCUGAAAAAAUGUCUGAACUAAUAGUUAAUAAUGCAAUAGAAUCUUGGCAGCAAAGUGGCUCUACGCUAACAUCUAUUUCACAAAAUACAAUAAAUAUAACACAAAGUGCAUAACAAUGUGGGGAACUGCAUUCUACAACAGUUUGUAAAAUAUAAGUAAUUGAAACCUAAAUAGUAAUAAAAAAACAAAUCAUGAAAGAA